AUGAAAACAAGAGCUGCAGUGUGGAAAGAGCUUAUGUGUACCCCAGUGCAGACUGACUUUAACACGCUGAAGGUGUCUGAGAUACCAUACGAGGCGCUUCAGAAUAUUGAGGUUGACAUUGAGAGAUCUGUUGGCUCAAAGUCUUUUUCUAUGGGCGUGCUUGACUCUGAGAUGCGAAGCUACAAUGUGAGUGAGAGAAAAAGAGAGUUGAAAGAGGUUCUUGUGGCCUUUGCCAAGCACAACAUCUUAAUUGAGUACUGCCAGGGCCUUUCCUACUAUGCAGCAUUUCUUUUGCACUUUUUUAUGCCUGAAGACGCGUUCUUCAUUCUCUGCCACACAAUUAAGAAGAACAGAAUAGAAAGACUCUUUGACAAAAAGCUUUCUUUGGUCUCUAAGGUGCUAAGCGUGCACGGGCGGGUGCUCAAUCUAACUCUUCCAGAGGCAAUACGAAAGAGCAUACAGGUGAUUAGCAACUCUUCGCAUGACUAUUCUGCGGGGUGGUAUCUUACGCUUUUUUCCCGGCUGUCUCCUGGAAUAUAUGCUGCGAUACUGGACCUGUUUUAUACCCGGGGCUUCCCUGUUCUUUUUCACGCAGCAUCUGCCUUGGUGGAGGUUGGCCACCGGCGAUAUAUAACGGACUCCAUCACAGAGCAGGACCAGAGAAUGCAAAUACUUUUCAAGCUUGCAGAGUAUCCCAUACCUGAGGAUGAGUUUAAAAGUGUCAUGAACAGAAAUAUGCAGAUGGUCAGCCUGGCUACAAUUGAGCAUAUGCUAUAUGAAGCAAAUAGUUAA